AAAGCCAGGCCGGAAUUCUUGGCCCAGAAGCCCUUGUACUGCUUCAAUCUGACAUCCAUGCAGGAUUCAGAGAUGAUCCUUGCUGCUACUUUUCACUUCUAUGCUGACAAAUGCCCUCGGCACAGGGAAGUGUUUUGUAAGCGGUCCAAGAAUUCAUCCUGCCGCCUCCUUCACCUGCCUCCAGUCCUGAGGCUCAAUCUCAUUUUCCAAAGCAUUCACCAGAAUUCUGCCUAUGGAGUAGUGAAAGGGAACAUCACCAUGUUUAUUCAAAGGCGAGGGGCUUGGCAUGCAAAAGACAUUUCACCCAUCAUAAAAGAAUCAAAACGGGCUGGAGAGCUCAUUCUCUGCGCUGAGCUGGAUUCUGGGGAGAAACACCAGGGCUUCCCUGAACAGGUCACCAGUCAUCUACCUUACAUACUAGUUUAUGCCAAUGAUCUUGCAAUCUCUGAACCCAACAGUGUAGCAGUCACCCUACAGCGUUAUGAUCCAUUCCCUUCCAAUGACGGGGACCCAAAUCUGUCCCCUAAUGCUUCUACUGAUACCCGAGUGAGGAGGGAUACAUACCUGUCUAGCUCUAUUCAGAACAAUGAGUUGCCAGAAGUAGAUUAUAACAACAAAAAAUACAACAAACAUGACAUAUGGGAGAAUGCCUACAAGUCCUUGAAACCAAAAGCCUCACGCAAAGAUCGAAGGAGAAAAGGGCAAGAAAAUACAGAAACACUUACAAAGUCUCAGGUGCUAAAUUUUGAUGAGAAAACAAUGAAGAAAGCAAGGCGAAAACAAUGGAAUGAGCCAAGGAUUUGUUCAAGAAGAUAUAUGAAAGUUGACUUUGCUGAUAUUGGCUGGAAUGAAUGGAUCAUAUCUCCCAAAUCAUUUGAUGCCUACUACUGUGCAGGGGCAUGUGAAUUUCCAAUGCCUAAGAUUGUCCGGCCAUCAAAUCAUGCUACAAUCCAGAGCAUCGUAAAAGCAGUAGGAAUCAUUCCUGGCAUCCCAGAACCCUGCUGCGUUCCUGACAAAAUGAGCUCACUCAGUGUCCUUUUCUUAGAUGAGAACAAAAAUGUUGUUUUAAAGGUAUAUCCCAACAUGUCUGUUGAAACUUGUGCCUGCCGAUAAGUUCAUACAGACGCAUCUUUAACAAGACCCACACAUCCUGCUCGACUACACUGGGAAAAUUGUAAAUGGAAAAUUAAUCCACUUGUACUGAUGAAUGAAUGCAAGCCUACAAUUCUUCUAUAGAAAGCAUGAGGAGAGACUGAAAUGACACACAUGCUCACCUGGAAGGAUAUGUCUUACUGUCGUUGUUUGUCUUUCAUAUUCAUCUUCCAGGAAUUCAAUACUUUUACAAAUAUCUUUCUAACCCACCUAGCCAAGACACCUGGUGUUUAGUGAGAAAUUUAAGUGUAAAGUUUUCCAUAAUCAAAGGAUUAAAAUACGUUUUUAUAUGCUAUUUUUCUGACUAUUUUAUCUCUUCAGUUAACCAAGAAGAUGGGAAGUGAACUUGCAAAGGCAGGCUUAUUUUAGAAUAUCUCUUUUGUACACAAAUCAAAACUUUUUUUCCUAAAACACUCAUAUGCUUAAUCUGCAUAUUUAUACUGAAAAAAAAUGCUGUAAUAAAGGGCUUAAAAUGUAUAUUUUCUUCGGGAUGCAAGUAUAGUGCACUGCAUAAGCUUUCAUAUAAACAGUAUGUUAAUAUAGACAUUUUCAGUUACCCUUCCCUAAUAUAUAAUUUGUUCUACAAAAGUCAUAUGUAAUAGCCCACAUUUUUGGUUUGCUGGAUAAUUUCAGGUUGUUAAACAUACUCUCUGAGUAACACAUACAAUAUAGUAAUAUGUUGAAAUACUAAAAAUAAAAUAACCAAGAUUUAUAUUUUUGUAAAUUAUACUUUAUAUCCUCUAGAUUGUUACAUGCUUUUAACAAAAGCUAAUAAAUUAAAGGUACGGUAGUAUCUAAAA